AAGCGGCGGGCCGGCCUGGAGCGAGCCGCCUCCUUCUACCUUGCGCUCUUCUUCCUCAGCAGCCCGACCGGGCGGCCAUGGCGGCGCGGCGGCGGCCCGCGGCUGCCGUGGGGGCUCGGGACGCGCUCGCGGUGCUGGCGCUGGCCUUGUGUGCUCCCGGGGUGGGCGGCGGGGCGCUCGAGUGGUACUCGGCCAUGGUGACCAUCGAGUACGUGGACCCGCAGUCGAACCUGACGGUGUGGAGCGUGUCGGAGAGCGGCCGCUUCGGGGACAGCUCGCUCCGGGAGGAGAGGCAGGGCCUGGUGGGUGUCCCGCGCGCGCCCGCGGACCCCGAGGGCUGCGCGCCCGACACGCGCUUCGAGGCGCCCGGCGCCCUGGGCCACGCGCCCUGGGUGGCGCUGGUGGCGCGAGGCGGCUGCACCUUCAAGGAGAAGGUGCUGGCGGCGGCGCGGAGGAACGCCUCGGCCGUGGUGGUCUACAACCUGGAGCGCUACGGGAACGCCACCGAGCCCAUGUCGCACGCGGGAACAGGAAACAUAGUCGUCAUUAUGAUUAGCUACCCAAAAGGACGAGAAAUUUUUGAUCUGGUGCAAAAAGGAAUUCCAGUAAAAAUGAGCAUAGAGAUUGGUACUCGUCAUAUGCAGGAGUUCAUCAGCGGUCAGUCUGUGGUGUUUGUGGCCAUUGCCUUCAUCACGAUGAUGAUUAUCUCAUUAGCAUGGCUAAUAUUCUAUUAUAUACAGCGUUUUCUAUAUACUGGCUCACAGUUUGGAAGUCAGAAUCAUAGAAAGGAAACUAAGAAGGUUAUUGGCCAGCUCCCGCUACACACUGUGAAGCAUGGAGAGAAGGGAAUUGAUGUUGAUGCUGAGAAUUGUGCAGUGUGUAUUGAAAACUUUAAAGUCAAAGAUGUUAUCAGAAUCCUGCCAUGCAAGCAUAUUUUUCAUAGAAUAUGCAUUGACCCAUGGCUUUUGGAUCACCGAACGUGUCCAAUGUGUAAACUUGAUGUCAUCAAAGCCCUGGGAUAUUGGGGGGACCCUGAGGAUACUCAGGAGCUACCCAUCCCAGAAGCUGCCCCAGGAAGGGUUUCUGUUGGGAAUCUGAGUGUGACAUCCCAAGAUGAGGAGAGGAGUGAAAGCAACCUUCCAUCAUCUUCCUCAAGCGAGUCUGGGCCACACCGCCCCUGUCUUAAAGAAGAUGCAGGGGAGGACACAGCAUUACUAGGAGCCGGCAGGAGUGACCCUCAGCAUGGAGGAUCCAUGUGCUAGCACCGUCCUCACUGGCAGCCUCACCGACAGAGCCUUGGCUUGAAUACAGGACAUUCAGUUUUUUACUCUAGGGCACAGUUUGUAUACUUGAAAACAGUGGAUUUUAUUUUACUCUACCUUUCAGAUUCAGGUUUGAUAUACAAAGGGCUGAGAUGUUUUAUUCCUAAAAGACUUUAAUUAGCCUUCAUCUAUUUAUCUACUAAAUUAUGAUGUCUAUCAUAAAUUUUGUUGUAUCAAACUGUCACAGAUGUAUGUGGAGGGGUUGUUUCUGAGUACUAGACUAGCUUCUGUGGUACUAUAAAACAAGAUUCUGUUUCUCGGGCUUUUUAGACAGAGUUCACGGAGUUGAAUCGUGACGUGUAGUUCCUUAUUGAACACAUGAACUUCCCUGAAGCAGAGACUGUAGAACUUGGAAAUGGGAACUCUUGCCAUGGGCAGUGGUGCAUACCUGCAGACUCAGGCUGAGGCAAGAGGAGCUGGAGUUCAAGCCUCCUUUGAGCUAUGGAGCAAGACUGCUACAAAGGGGUUAAGGAGGGAGAGAGACAUCAACUGUCUUGCACUAUAUUGUCUAUAGAGACUUCAGAACUACACAUACUUUUUUAUUAUGUGGAAUUGGGAAAAGAACACUAGAUGAUUUUAUGAUUUACAUUUUUACCUUUAUUGCCUAAUUUCUUUUCACACUUGGAAGAAGGGAAUUUAUCCAAGUUUUUCUACAAACUAAAAAAACCUGGCAAGAAAUGCCAUAUUGCAUGUUUAAAAAGCAUUAAAAUAUUGAUUCAUUAAGAAAAUCAAGUAGGCAUACUGUAAUGUCUUUAAAUGAUUAGUAUAUUUUGGUGGAUUAAAUCUUUACAAUUAAAAAUAUUUAAUUGAAAUUUUGAUUUUUGUUGUUAGAGAUUUGAAGCCGAUUCAACACUGUGACCUUUUCUCCUUCUUUGCUGUUUGACGUUCGCACUGGUGCAGUCUUGGAAGACUGUUGUCUCAAUUCUGUGUAUUGCUGGGAUACAUACUUUGAAGAGCAAGGAGUCCUUUGUUGUUGAUUCUAAACUUGUGUUGUAUGUCUACUUUGUAGACAAAAAUAAAUGCUUAUUGACAAAAAUUUU